GACGAAGCGCCGCUUUCGUGUCGACGACAGCCAUUUCAAAACAAAAACAUCCGUGUGCGGUUUCGUUAGCGGGUGAAAAUUGCAAUUUUAACAGUCUUUAAACGCUCGAUUCCGGUUCCAACCUAGUGGAAUGCGUGCCAAAAGACGGUCCCGAGGUCGACCGGAUCACGGUGGCUCGGGGGGACGCGGCGGUGCCAACGGGGGUCGUUUUCGCGGAAGCGGCCCUCCUGGUGGGUUAGGUCGUGGAGGAGGGGGAGGAGGAGGAGCAGGUGGAAAUCGCUUCACCAGAGGCCAGCGACGCUCCGGGGGUUACGAAAGAAACUAUCGGAAUAGUUCUUUGGGACCAGGACCCCCGCCAGCGAGACAACAUAGUCGUCCGGCAAGAUACCCAUCUCCGCAACAUCGAUUUCAACAGCACCAUCACCACCAUCAUCAUGACCAAGAUGCAAAACACCAGCAAUCAUCGCAGCCUCAUUCGUCGUAUCGUAAGACUGACGAAGUCCAUAGCCACGAAAGACAAACUAUCCGGCCCCUGCGCAAAUCGCCUCCCCGGGUAGACGAGAGAGAUAGGUACCAACGGCAACAGGAUUACGAUCGGAAGCGGUCUCCUCCGAUGGAACUAGUGCCUGCCAGUCCAUCACUGGACGAGGAAAUGGUACAGGUUACUCGGAAAUCGCGGGAGCGAACCACCCGAGCCCGUAGUCCGGCGGUCGAAAAAAGGCGAAACCGCAAGCGAGCCGGUCAUAGUCUGAGCUCGGUUCUGAGCGAUAUCAGUUCCGGCAGUAGCUUCUUUGCCGAGGUUGUAGACAGUGACGCUUAUGCUAGCCCCGAUUAUGAUGAACUUACUAGCGAGGAAGAGGAAGAAAUCGAAGAGGAAGAGGAAAUCGAAGAGGAUGAAGAAGAAGUAGAAGAGGAAGAGGAGGAAGAGGAAAUUGUUGAAGAAAUUAUCAAACGGAAGAAGCGGAAGAAAGACAAAAAGAAGAAAGAUAAAGAACGGAAGCAACGAAAGAAGGAGAAGAAACGCAAGAAGGAAAUCCUGGAAGAGCGAAUCUGUCCACCGGAGCACGACGUGGCGCAGUCCAAGGAGAUUUUUUCCUCUGGGAAAAAUAUAUUGGUCAGUGUUAGUUUUGCAGAAGGCGAACAGGACGAGGCAGCCGCACUAAAGAACUACAGAAGAUCUAAGAAGAAAAAGUCGAGCAGAAAAAAACGUAAAUCGAGUCACAGGGAGGAGAGAAGGGCCCUGGACGAAUCUGCGGAGCUCCCCUCCACUAGCCAGAAGAAAAAGCGAAAGUUAGAUGACAGCAUUAAACCGGUGGCGAUCAUUGAUCUCGAAAGAUCCCCCGGUAAACAGGUCAUCUCGAGUCCUAAGGAAGUUAUUGUUCUCAGUGAUGAGGAAGGGGCAGCGAAAAAGAAAUCCAAAUUUGCUACCGAGCAGGUCGGUCCAAACACGCCUCCAGAGCCCGCACCUCAAUCUCCAGUAUCCUACGAUCCUUUCGAUCCGACCAAAUCCUCGACGGGAUCGCCCACGUCCGGGCGAAACAUGGGCAGCAUAUCAACGGUCAGUUACUCCGAUCGGGCCCAUCAUCACCAUCAACAUCAGCACCAUUCGCGGCACAUAAAAGAUCUAUACGGAACUCCGGCUGAUCUCGUUAGCCCUACCGGAGACAAUUUCGAAGACAGUGCAUUAGAUGUUCACCCUUCUACCCCGAUAGAUCAGUUAUCUCCCCGGGGAGCAGCUCAUCACAAAUCUCCUCUCAAGCACCAUCGACCAUCGCCACAGAAAAAAUCUGGUGGCCCAUCGGCCACUGCAACUUCUGGAGCAUUACCUGCUGGAGCUAUCACGGCAAUGUCCUUCGAAGAGGAAAAUGACGACGGCGAUAUAUCCCCGUAUUCGCCGCGAUCAAGCGAUUGCGACGACCACAUGUUCGACCCGCCGCCCGAUGGUGGAGGUCCUAGCAACGGGCAACCACAACCCAAGACCAUUGCCCUCACGGUGCACAACUUAAAGAAGGUGUUCGGCAAUGACAAGCGAACGCUCUAUGGGGACCUAAGGAGACCUAACGAGGCCGUUGCAGUUGUCGACGAAAUGUACAAACCGCAUAAAGUUACUAUGGAAAUGCUGGACGACAUUCCAAAUUCGGCUGUUGAUUUGCAAAUUAAGGAGAAGCUUAUUCAAAAAUUACAACGACAGGAUCGUAUUAUCGAUGAGGUAAAACACUUCCUGAAACCACACUUCAACAAGAAGCGCAUCAACAAAGACGAGUACAAGGACAUUAUGAAGAAGUCGGUCCCGAAGAUCUGCCACAGUCGUUCCGGCGAAAUCAACCCGCUCAAGAUCCAGAAUCUGAUCACGGCCUACGUGAAGAAGGCUAUCGCUAAGCGGCGAAUAAGCGGCAGUGGUGGAAACGCAAUCGUUUCUUCCACAACGGCGGUCACGUGAUUGCUUCAGGGUGGGGAGCCCGUCCCUUAAGGUUUUCCUGUUCUCCUUACCCCACUCGAGUGACUGCGUGCGGCGUGGAAUUGUACAGUUGGUCGUUACUGUUGUUAUAUUUUAUUUUAAGCUUUAUUUAAAUGCACGGUUUCCGCACUUGCAGUGGUUCCCGAAAGAUAAAGAAGUACUACUUUUCAAACAGUGAAAAUUUCUUUUUUUCGAAUAAAAAGAUUCGAACAUGGUAAAAGUACAGAUAUUUUGAAACAAUGAAGUAUUUUUUUGGUUUCACCCGUUUAACAUUCAUCUGAACACGCUCAAGAUGAUCGUAAGACAGGAAGAUUGUAAAAAGUUUAUAAAGGCAAAAUUAUAUCUCAAUGAGGAUUAGAAAAAAAAAAAAUGGCCAAAUGGCUACAAUGUGCAACACAAGAAGAUCGUCAGGAAUUACAAGACAAACGUCGUAAAUUUAUAUCUUAAAAAUUAAGUCGAAUCUAAGAACAAAAAAAGGAUUGUAUUUAUGAACUUUAUUUUUUACGAUAGAAUUGCUUUCGGGUCUUAAUUGUUCAAACAGCAAUCAAAGUAUAAAGGACUUAUUAGUUUUUCAAUAUCACGCAUGUUGUUGUUGCGUGAAUACUUUUAAGAGGUUGUCACAUUCGUUUAGUACCGAAUAGGAUCGCUAAACUAUGAUCCCAACUAGAGAAGAACAUACAUAGUUGAUUGUAAAUUAACUGCUAACAUUAAGAAUAGCCCUCCUACACAUAACUUCGAUGUGAAUCUUCAAAAUAGAUGACGUUGUUCAAGUGCAAAAUUUUAACCAGUCAAAUCAAUAAAAACCGCACAUGAAGUGCAUUGGUAGUGUAUAGAAAAAUAAAAA